AUGCAGAGGGCCCUCUUACCCAAAGCACGAAUUUACCACUUCCUAAAAGUGGAGAGGAGACAAGGGGGGACGUCACUAUUGAAUAGAAUUGGACAGUCAUUCAACCAGGAAAGUUUAAAAAAUGCGAAAAUAAAGUUAACCGACUACGGAAGGAGCAUAUCUCCAAACCAUCUGGGAAAGACAAGCGGCAAUAGUGGAGGAGCAAAGGGAGAAAGUGGGAUAUUCCAACAUUUUAUAGAUAUAUUUAAAAAAAAAACAAACAUAGGGGAUAGCUCCCAAAGUAGUGAUAAAAACGAAAAAAAGGAAAAGGAAUUUUUUGAAUACUACAUAAAAUGCCUGAUGAAGUAUGAAGGAAUAUUUACGUAUCGAAAAUUUCAAUCAUUUUUAAAAGACCUGUGUGACUAUUUCAACGUCUUUGGCUUGGCAUAUAAAUAUAAAAAAAAAAUGAAUCCACAAUUGGAGAAGUUAAAGAAGCAGUACGAAGUUAUGAAUUCAUUUUUACCCUACGAGUUGGAUUCGGAUGAUUACAAAAUAUUUCACGAAGAGAGCAAAAAGUACCUAGCUCAGUCAUGCAAUGUGGAUGUUAACUUCAUUGAUGAGUUACUACUUUUUCAUGAUUCGUUAAAGACAGACAGAACGUGGUUUUAUCGGAGAAUUAUUUUAAAGAGGAAGCUACCUGAAAGUUUUGAAGAAAGAGAAAUUGAGGCUCCAUACGAUAGACCCGUCAUGAAAACUUUUAAUUAUGGCAUUAAAGAAUCUUCACUGGAAUAUGAACAGUACAUGCGAAAGCAUGGAUGCAAAUUGAAAUUCAAAAAAUGGUUCUCGAAGAAGCACCCGUGGUUUAGGAAAAAUAGCUCUGGCAAAAACAGAUGGGCCACACGACCCUACACGAAAAAAUUCCCCUACCUAUACCACUCGGGCGUCCCCCGCCACUUGUAUCUCUCCAGAAACAGGCCUCGCAUUGGAGCUUAA